AUGGCGGUACCGACGAGCGAAGACGAGCAGCAGGAGCUCUACGAAAUGGCGUCGACCAUCGCCCACAUCUGCGCUCCUGACGGCGGCGCUAUCAUGUGGCUCGGGAUUUCGGACGCCGCGAAUGAAGGGGUGUGGCAGGCCAUGGACACGACCAACCUCACCUACGAGAACUGGGGCGACAACCAACCCAACGGCGGCGUCAUCGAGAACUGCGCCGUGAUGAAGGGCGCCGUCAGCCGGGGCGAAUGGGCCGACAACUCCUGCAGGAAGUCCUUCAAAUACUGUCCCGUUUGUCGUCUCGUUGUGCCUAAUUACCUGAGGUUCAGGGGAAUCUGUGACUCCAACCUGUACGACGAUCGCCUUAUCCUCACAGGAAUGAAAAACAACAAACCUUAUUUUCGCGGGUACUACAGGUCACAGGUCUACUACUCCUCGACGGGCGAGUGGCUCCUCGAGAACAUCCUUCUGCCGGAAACCUUCGCCGUCAUGGAAGAGUCCGGGAGCAUCGACUUCCCGAUCGGACGUCACAUGUGGGUCUUCUCGCACGGCUUCUGCGGGAAACCUCCUGGGACGGCCAUCUCCCUUGCAUUAACACAGUGCGAGAGCGACGAAUUCACCUGCAACAACGGAAACUGCAUUCCCCUGGGCGAGGUGUGUGACCGCCGGGCUCAGUGUACUGACAAAAGCGAUGAAUUUAACUGCACGCUUGUUCUUAGGCCUGAGGGAUACCAGUCGUCUCUACCCCCGGAGGCCCCCCUAUCUGAAGGACCGCUUCCCGUCAUCUUGAACAUUACUAUCGACUCCUUCAGGGAAAUCGACGCUAUUAACAGCAGAUUUAUCGUCGAACUUCAGAUCCGCAUGAUAUGGAAGGACGUGAGGCUGCAGUACUUAAAUCUGAAAUCCGACAGACAGCUGAACCUCGUCCUGGAAAAAGCUGCGAAUGAAAUGUGGGUUCCCGCCGUAGACUUUCUCAACGCGGAAAAUAACGCGAAGUCCCUCGUUGAUUCGAACUCAAAGAUCACGAUCAUGAGGAGUGGUGAUAAAGAACCGGAUAAUGUGGAAAUGUCUCGGGAAGCAAUGAUUUAUCGUGGGAGAGACAGCUUUAUCCGUACAUCUCGAAAAUACACAGCUACGUUUGCCUGUACUUUUAACUUUUUCUACUACCCUUUCAACACCGAUUUCUGCAAGAUGAUAUUUCGAGUCAACCGCAACAAUAAGCCUUAUGUGAAGCUGAUUAGAUUUGGCCCGGGUGUCACGUACGACCACAAGGACAAGCUUAACGAGUUCUUCAUCGGCAGAAUGAGAAUGGUCACGUAUAACAGUCAAGAACCCUAUUCGGGACAGCAGGUCAUAGUGGAGAUGAAGCACCUCUACGGCUCCCAGAUCCUGACCAUGUUCGUGCCCACCACCAUCAUCAGCCUCAUAGGGUACGGUACCUUCUUCUUCAAGUGGUAUGACUUCACCAACCGCAUCAUGGUGUCCCUGACGGUGCUGCUCGUGCUCACGCAACUCUUCUCGCAGACGUCGGUCAUGCUGCCCAAGACGUCCUACUUCAAGCUCAUCGACAUCUGGUUCUUCGGCUCCAUCACGUACACGUUCGUGGUGAUCGUCGUGCACACGGCGGUCGAGUACAUGCACGUGUACGACCACGAGAUCGAGGACCUGCACGAGAAGAUCCAGCGAGCCGCCGCCUUCUACCGCGAGAUCACGCCGCAGCCCACGCCGGGAAUCUCCGACGUCGUCAGAGACUUCAGCGACUCCGACGAGCCUCAGUCGGUCCCGGAGACGUCGAUCAUCGCCAGGGACGACGAGGGCAUCGAAGGCACCCGCCGCCGCCGCCGCCGCCGCCGCCGUCGCCACCGGCGCCAUCGCCGCCACGGCCACAAGAAGCGACAGAAGCUCAGCAAGAGCUACCUCCUACCGGUGAUCAUGAAGGCCAGGAUGCUGUGGAAGGCCAUGCAGAGGCCAGAAGCGAAGGGCGACCGCAACCCCAAUUUCUGGCCCAUCGUGGUGGACAAGCUGGGCAACAUCGUCACCACCCUCGUCUACAUACUCCUGAACCUCGUCUUCUGGACGGUGGCCUUCACGCAGCACGUGUCCGAGCCACUCAUGGACUUGGACGACCCCAGCUACGUGGAGUCCGUCGAGAACGCCACCAGCAGGGUGUGGCCGAUUGACUGA